GACAUUUCCCUGAACAAUUCUUAGCCGUCGCUAUGAUGAUAUCUUUGACUUACCUUAACACUUUCAUCAGAAACUAAACAGACCGAAUUCUCUCAUCUCUAGCAAUCGAGGCCUUUUGGACUCUUAGUUACAUCUUUACUGUGGUACAGGUUAGAAUUCUUGUCAUAUCGAUAAGCGGCAAACCAUGUCAUCAGAAAUAGUCUCUAUCCUCCAGGUGGUAAGGUUGGGCUUCAAGCUUUCCAUCUCAUUCAAUACCGUCGCCUGCAAGGUAGCAGCUUUCGGCAUAGAUGUUCAUAGCAUCGCUAAGGGCCUCUCUCUAUACGUGGCGGCUUUGAAGCAGGUCGGGCAAAACCUCCAAGCGAAGGAUUCUCCGCAUUCACCAUUAGCUUUGCGCAUCGCAAAGGAAAUUAGUGAACGGGGCAACACAAUAUUUAAUUUCUUUGCGAAAAUGUUGGACAAAGCUCAGCGAAAUGACGGAGACUUGAUCCAGGAGCGAUUCGCGCGCUGCUUCAGGAAACGCCAUGUUACAUAUCUGCUGGCUCUUCUUGACGCUUUGAAGUUGAGCCUUAUUGUGAUGUUCCAAGUCCUGCAACUUGGGAAGCUUAUCAGUAGCAAGGCACCAAGCUCGAUACCUAAUUACAUCGUUCAAGGAGAGCGUGACGAAGUCCAAAACAUGCUAAUCGUCCUACACUGGUCGAUAUCUCGUCUUGAUCGGUUACGUUACUCCGCUAUUUGUGAAGCUGAGGAAUACAGUCGAAAUGCGAGAUAUCAGGGCUUAUCUGAUUCCCAGCUCAACGGUUCUGGCCCACCUCCGCCAUCCACUAUACCAACAAUAUUGCCUGCAUUAUCGUUCAAAGAUCUCAAUAGCUCCCUCUCUCCAAUAUCACAGGAUGUCACGGGAACGGUUCAUGUAUCCUCCCAGGCAAUUGAUCAUUUAAUUGCCCAGUGGGCACAGGUGGGUGGAUUCCGGGGAUUAUCCGGAGAGGAAGCGCGCCCACAGCGGCAUGUGACAUUUGCAUCCGAUGUGGAGUCUAAUAGCUUCCGCGACGGCUUAGAAGGAUGUGAACGUCAAAAGGACCACCCAGAAGGCGCUACCUCCAAUCGAAGGAGACAUUCUCAAGAAGCAAGGAAACCUGCAACUGAAUUUCGAAAGGAUAAUUCUAGCUUACAAGCUCAAGUUGAAACGGACAGUGAGGAAUCUAGUAAUAAUGAUACCCCAGCUACUCGAAAGGAUAAUUCUAGCUUACAAGCUCAAGUUGAAACGGACAGUGAGGAGUCUAGCGAUAAUGAUAUCCCAGUUAGACGCCGAAAGGUCAGAUUUUCUCCUAGUGGCAAUACUUCGGCAACAGAGGAAGGAGGCCAUCACAGAGGAGACGGCGGACAUGUCAAUUACACAAACAAAGGCAAACCAAAGACCUCGCCAUCCCAGCGCCGUAUCCCAACUCCAGAAUUUAACAUGCAUAACCAACAAACCGCUGAUAGACAUCCCCGCCCACCGCGAAGAAGCCCGCGGACCUUGCCACGAGCCAUUCCUGAACGAGAACCGCAAAAAUAUGGGCAUAUCUCCAACUUAUCGCCCUGCAAUAGCUCUGAUUCCUUGGUGUCCGGCCUCUACCAUCCGCAAUAUCCUUCCAGUACAUAUCUUUCUUCUUCACCGUUACACCCCACACAGCGGCCAUCAUAUCCGCCGCAAAUAAAUACCAGCAACCAACUUCCUCAAAGUCCUUCCUAUUACGCAGAACAUGCCCACCAUCAUUAUCAACACCACGACUGCUAAUACCCUUCGCAUGAGGUAGCCAUGACUACGCUACCCGUUAAGGUGCGGUCCCCAGACAAAGACAACAGCACAGAGCGGCGAAAGAAUCUCAAGCGACAAGUUAUAACGGGCAUUCCGGUGGGAAGUGCCAUUCCAACGGCUGUGAAAGCGUUUUGAAGAUCUGUCGAUAUGAAUUUCCCCUAUCCAGUAUUGUAGAACUUCUAAGGACAAACGUGUAUAUUUUUACUCCUCCAACUCCAAAGAACGUGUCAGUUUUUUUCUUUUUCGUGUGAUAGUUAGACUUAUCUUUUUGGCAUUCCUACCUCCAUUUUCUUUCGGUAUUUCCUUUAACAUUAAGUCUACGGACUGUCCUAAACUACUUUAUUGGAAAUAAGGGCUUUUCGGUAUUAGACUGAACUAUUUGGUUAACUUUUACUGUACAUAAAUCAUCUAAUUUCACUUACUGAAACAGAUACGUUACCUGACUCCCCCCUUGUGUCAGCCAUUAGUAGCUCUCCAGCACGCCACAGGUACAAUAAGACUCGACGAAUAGGAUAGUGUCUUGUAGCUGGAUUUGGUUUUACCAACCGUUCUUGGCCCACCCGUAAAUUCUAUCGAUCCCUGACCGCGGUCUGUACCCGACCUCAUGGCAGGUUCCUGAAGCCGCUACCCAGCUUUCUAUUGGCGUGUUCAACAUUCGAAGUUUGAAGGCCUCGACUUAAGUGUGCUUGCCGACCUGACGAAUGGGCGGUGGCACCUAGUGUUACCCUAUGUGCUCGUUUCAUUCUUUCUUCAGCUAUAAAGGGGCCUAGCCUACGGAAGUUGAAUUUUUGAUAGCCUGAUAUAUCUAUGUUAACUGCUUUUGUCUGAGAAUUGUUGUUUCUAAGGAAUCCUGGCAUCUCUUUUGCUUUGGAUAUGGCUUGCAAUUGCCCAGCAGGUUUGCUGCCAUGUUGAUUGUUUGAGUGUGCGGACCAAAAUGGAGGCACACUUUAGUGGUGCCGCGGAAGGCCCAGAAGAGAAGUAUUUUCGUGAGUGUGUCCCCUAUUGUUAUUCAAAACUAAGGGGAAACUCACCGGCAUUCUACAGAUGAAUCAGUGUACCUGAGAACUAACCUCCACGGGAUAUCCUAAAACCAUCAUCAAAAUUUCACUAUCAUUAUGACGAACGGUAUGUUGAAGGUGAAAACCAAAGAUUCCCCGACAAGGUGAAAUGAUACUGAACAAAGUUUCGAUUUGCUUCCGAGAUUGUUCUACAAUACUAGAGCAUCCCUUAUAUGAGGGCUUUGGUAAAGUCAUAACUUUCAACCAUGACAGAUGUUGGAGCAGAAACAUGGCUUAUGCAUGGGACACUACGGGAGAGUCGGUGGAACCAUCAGGUUAUGUAUCUCUUUACAUCAAUCUAUUUAGUUACUUGCAACUACUAACUGCUGCAUUCUUGUUUAUAGAUCUUACUAUGGGAUAGAGAUAUC